AUGUCCAGCGUGCUCUUCAUCAACAAACCCGUGCCUGGUGCCGACCAGUACUAUCCCUUGAAUGACCCUCCGAUUGGUACUGCCCUUCCGGUGGUAACAUAUCCUCAGAAUGCGAAAAUACCUAUCCUCUUCCAGCCCUUGACUCUUAGAGGUGUCACCUUCAAGAACAGAAUCUUCGUCUCCCCUAUGUGUCAGUACAGCUCAGACAACGGCCAUGCCACUGAUUGGCAUCUCGUCCAUCUCGGAGGGUUCGCCACGCGUGGUGUAGGUGCUAUCUGCGUAGAGGCGAGCGCCGUCCUCCCUGAAGCUCGAAUCUCUCCAGAAGAUUCGGUAACCUUCCAGGGAAUUUGGGAUGACUCGCACAUCCCGGGCUUAAAACGCAUCGUCGAUUUUUGCCAUGCCCAGGGCACGCGCAUCGGUAUCCAACUCUCACACGCCGGCCGAAAGGCUUCUACUUAUCCGCCGUUCGUGCAUCUGAACGCGGCGAAGACGAGGCGCGCCACGAAGUGGUUCGCGGACAAGGAGGAGAACGGCUGGCCGAACGACGUGUUCGCACCGUCGGAAGUUCCCUUUGCUGACGACCAUCCGAAACCUAAAGCCAUGUUGACUGAGGAUCUCAUUCGUGUUGAAGAAGCGUUCCUUGCAGCAGUGGAGCGCGCCAAGAAGGCUGGCUUCGACUUUAUUGAACUACACGGAGCGCACGGCUAUCUCCUCCACGAGUUUGUCUCGCCUCUUUCAAACAUCCGCACGGAUACGUACGGCGGAUCACUCGAGAACCGUUUGCGCUACCCGCUGCAACUCAUCGAGCGCGUCCGAAAGGCCUGGGACAAGCCGCUUUUCGUGCGUAUCAGCGCUACCGAAUGGGGUGAAGGGUCGGAGAAGGGCCAGAACGGAGAAUGGAGGUACUGGGGUCUCGAACAGAGCAAAAUUUAUGUG